GAAAAUAGACACCACUGCUGAAUCAAAAUGUGCUGCCAAAGAUGACAAGAAUUCUCAGACAAAUCAAAAAGGACUUAAAAACAAAAUUAAGACUUCAAAAAGGAGGAAUUUGAAAGAUGAAGUUGAUGUUGCAAAUUAUGGAACAAAAGGGGAUAAUCAAGAUGUGUGUGACGUAUGGGGAACAGUUAUCCCACCAGAAAUUUUAUUAAGAAUUUUCCACUUUGCUGUCUCACAGAAUAGAAGCCUACCAUUCCUAUGCAGGGCAGCCAGAGUAUGUCGGUUAUGGAGGAACACUGCCACCCACCCAUCACUGUGGGCCACCGUAGACCUGUCAUAUGGCUGGAUCAAGAAAGAGGAGAAGUAUCUUCAGUGGCUGUGUGAGCAUAGGUUCUCCAGGCUUGAAAGCAUCAACCUGGGUGGCUGGGCCAAUAUUACACAGUCAGGGAUAGAGUGUAUCACCAGUCAUUGCCCAGUUCUUGAGAGUAUCCAUCUCUCUCAGUGUAAGAAGCUAAAUUCCACAGCCAUUACCACAUUGGCAAAAAGUUGCACCUCUUUAUCACAAGUGUCCUUGCAUUCUAUGCCAAGAGAUGCCGUAAAUUCAGUGGCAUUGAAGUGUCUAGUGCAAGAAGCAGGGGCCCGUCUCACACACUUAGACCUCUCAAGAAAUAACCUGCAGAACUUUAAAUCUGUCUUUUCUGCAAUAAUGGGCAACUGCAUCAACCUCACUUCAUUGGACUUGUCCAAUGUGCUGUUUUCAAUGGAGAUACUGACAAUUCCAAUUGAGAAGUUUCAAAUGUGCUGUCCCAACCUAAGAAAUGUCAGUCUUGCCAAUUCUCCUCUCUGUGCGUCAUAUGCUACAAAGAAAGCUCAGGCAGAUUCUCAGGGGUUUCCUCAACUCAAUGCCCUCAGUGUUGCUGUGCACACUGCUUCACAACUUCACAGCAUAGGCCUGGGUAUAGAUGAUAGAUUUAUUAGCAGGAUGCUGAAAACUUCUGAUGGGUUGAAGCUCCUAGAUGCCCGUGGGUGCUUCAGGUUGACAGCCCAAUGUCUCCAUGAAUUGCCUGCCACAGACGUCAGUCAGCUUUUCCUCUCACAAGUUUCUGCCAAAAAGUUCGAAGAGCUUCAUCUGCUAAUGGACAAGUGGCAGCACAGCAUUGUAGAACUGGAUAUUUCCUGGAAUGGGUUUCCUUGUAAAGUCCUAGACAAUGCCCUAGAAUGCUUAGGAAAAAGUCCUUCUACCUCAAAACUGGAGACUUUGGACUUGAGUGGAACUUCAGUUGCCCUAGCUACUGUACAGUUAGUGUUGAGAGGCUGCCCAAAACUUGUUUCCAUCAACCUGACCUCUUGCCGCGGUCUGCCGCGCGGUAUGAAGAGAUUGUACAGUAGCAUUCAGGAAAUAGCAAAACUCAAGGAAGAUCUAAAUGAACAGCAUGCAUAGCAGGAACAUUUAUGAAAUUAUGAGUCUGGAAAAAAAACAAUUGUUUUUUAAAGGAAAAAGGCUGUGAAUUCUUAUAGUUUAAGGUUUUUCAACUUUUUAUUUAAAACGAGAAAGAAAAUGAAGAAACUCCAAAAAUUGGAGAAAAAAAAAGAAGAAAACACUCACUUAAAGACUCUACACUACUCUGACUUUUUAAGAUUCUUUUUACCACUGAAUAUGUUUAUUUUUAUAAGAUAUUUUAGAAAUGUGUUUGUUGUGUUUUGUUUGUUGAAACAUAAUUUGUACAGCAGCAUGAUCAUGUGACUAUAUACAUGUAAUAUAAAAGCUAUAUAUUUCAUGUACAUCAUUCAAUACACGCAGGUAAGAUCUUUCUUAUAGAUUGUAAUUAUGACUGUUGAAGAUGAAGAAGAAUAAGAUGCCACUUGAUUUUACUUUUAUGAGAAAAGUUAAUUUAGUUUUCCUCUUGUGAGAUGGAAUAUCAAUGUGUAUAGUUACAUCCUUUGUACUUAAUUCAAAAUGUUUCUUUAAAAAAUCAAAUUCCAACCACACUGUAUUCCUACAUGUAAUAAGAUUUCAAAGGUAGGUAUACCAGGUAGGUAUAACAGUAUACAAAUUAUGUUAAAAAUGUUUGUUAAAGAAAUAAAUAAUAAAAU